AUGUACAUCAACAACAUCGUAUUUCAGACAUCCCACUACGUGGGUAUUCUGCUUGACACCAUCUUCUACGGAGUUGAGCUUGUGAUAUAUUCUGCGAGCGUUCGCAUCAUUUUGCGGGGCAAGGCGAACGGCAUGCCCUCGCGGGGUAGCUGUCUUCUGCUGUUCUUCAGCACAGGACUGCUCCUCCCGAUUACCCUGUGGGUCGUGUCCCAAGCUGCGUUGGGCCAAGACAUGUGGAUCGCGCAUCCAGUUAAUGCGGAAGGCUCUCCGAGGUAUCUCGGCAUCAACGUCGUCCCGAUGUGGUACGAAAUUGUGGGCUGUGUGGCGAGCCUCGUACUAAAUACCAUGAGCGAUGGUCUGCUGCUGUAUCGCUGCUACAUCGUUUGGGGAGACGGCAGAGUCAUCAUUCUCCCGUUCAUCAUUUAUCUAGCCACAAUGCCGUUGGGAGUCCUCGCUGUGUAUGUCUCUGAUCGACCCCAAUCGAUCUUACUCUUUGGCGCGUCACAGAGAUUGGUACUUGCAUACGUCUCCGUUGGCAUCUCUCUCAACUUCCUCGUAUCCACACUUAUAUGUGUACGCAUCCUGCUCCUUGCCAAACGUCUGGAGGUCGCCCUCGGGGAGGAGGCCGCGCACACGUACACCAACACAGCCACGUUAAUCAUCGAAUCCGCACUGCCGUACACGCUGUCAGGUCUUGCGUACCUCGUGGCGCUUGGGAUGCAGAGCUCGACUUCCAUCUUGUUCAUGUCUAUAUAUGUCAUGUUUGCGUGCCUCUCGCCUCAGAUAAUCGUCUUCCGAGUUCUCAUGGGCCAUGCCUGGACGCGGGAUGCCGUCACGCGCUCAACCGCGAGCGUGUUGUUGACGACGGCCAUUGUUUACCCGGGCGCUGUGGAUAGCAGUGUCGAACCUGGCACUGGACACUGGAGAGCUACUAUCGAACUGCGGACUGUCAACGACCCAGCGUUCUCCACGAUUGAUCAGGAUGUAGUAGCUAGUGAGGUUUAA